ACUCGCCAAUAAUAAAAUGAUUUACAAGUGGUGGCACAGGUGGGUUCGUAAGAAGACCAAUCCUAUCCCUGUCGAUCAAGCCUUUCUAUGGAAGCGGCGUUUCAGUAUAGCUUACGGUUUGCUGGCAUGGAAUGCGCUAGGUAUAGUGAUGUACUGUAUGGUACAAGGAAAAACGGACUGGGCCCAUUACUAUGGUCUUAAAUCAGACGAAGAACAUGACAUGCCCCCAGCGAGAGCAUGGGCUAACACACUUGGAAUAAAAAAUGCUAAGGUGUAUAGAGUUGCAGGGUUCAAAAAAGUAGAUGAAUAUGACAUAGUGGAGGGAGAAGAAGUGAGAACAAAAACACCGGAAAAUUCUACUAAAUCAGAACUGUUAGCAGAAUAGAAACGUUAGUUGGUAUUCAAAAACAAUGUAAAUAAAAUAGUUCCUUAUUUAUUAUAAA